GCCCCUCCGCGGCGGCAGAGGGCGCUGCAGCGGCCGCGGCGCCCAGGAGGCCGCGCUGGCUGCGAGCGGCGGCCGCGGCUCUUCCCGAGCAGAAGCGGAAGCGGCGGCGGGCUGGGAGCGGCCGCGGGUCGCGGUCACCGUGUGGUCGCGGCGUAGCCGUCGCUCAGCUGCCAUGAGCUUGCUGCACAGCGACAGCAGCUGCGGAGGCCGGGAGGCGGAGAGCGGCUGCUGCGCGGCCAUGGCCAGCGCCUGCAGCGCCGCCGCCAAGGAGGAGAGCGGCAGCGUGGGCAGCGGCGCCGGCAGCGCGCCCGGCUCCUUCACCGAGGAGACGCAGGGAUACGACGUGGAGUUCGACCCGCCCCUGGAAAGUAAAUAUGAGUGCCCGAUCUGUUUGAUGGCUCUGCGGGAAGCAGUGCAGACGCCGUGCGGCCACCGUUUCUGCAAAGGCUGCAUUGUCAAAUCCAUAAGAGAUGCAGGUCACAAAUGUCCUGUGGACAAUGAAAUUCUGCUUGAAAAUCAACUUUUUCCUGACAACUUUGCCAAACGGGAAAUCCUUUCACUAAUGGUCAAAUGUCCCAACAAGGGCUGCAGCAUGAAGAUGGAGCUCAGGCAUUUAGAGGACCACCAGCUGCAGUGUGAUUUUUCCACUGUGGAAUGCCUACAGUGCCAAGGAACCUUCCCAAAGAACCGUCUGAAGGAGCACAUGACCCAAGAGUGUCCGAGGCGUCAAGUGUGUUGCCCAAACUGUGCCACGUCUAUGGCUUAUGAAGAUAAAGAGCUUCAUGACCAAACCUGCCCACUUGCCAAUAUAUACUGCGAAUAUUGCAACACAGUGCUCAUCAGGGAGCAGAUGCCUAACCAUUAUGAUAAUGAUUGUCCUACUGCCCCAGUGCCAUGUUUUUACAGUGCCUUUGGGUGUCCUGAGAAGAUGCAAAGGAAUGAACUGGCACGACAUAUGCAGGAGUUCACUCAGGUUCACAUGAGGAUGAUGGCUCAGAGUUUUCAGAAUAUCAGUGUUACUGCUGCAAAUCCUGUGCCCUUCAUCAACGGCCUACCCUUUGAGCCUGCCCUCUUCUCACACGUGUCACAUGCUGCAUACAACUGCAAUCCAGAAGUUGAAAACUUCAAGGAAACUAUUCAGCAGUUGGAAGGUCGUCUGGUGAGACAAGAUCACCAAAUCAGGGAACUCAUUGCUAAAAUGGAAACUCAGAACACUCACAUGGCAGAACUCAAACGCACUAUACGAAAUCUGGAGGGAAAGAUUACUGAAAUGGAGGCACAACAAUGUAACGGUAUUUAUAUCUGGAAGAUUGAGAACUUCAGUGGACUGCAGAAAGCCCAGGAAGAAGAGAGACCUGUAGUGAUGCACAGUCCUGGCUUCUAUACAGGGAAGCCUGGCUACAAGCUGUGCUUGCGCCUGCAUAUCCAGUUACCAAAUGCUCAGCGCUGUGCUAAUUUUAUCUCUCUGUUUGUGCACACUAUGCAAGGGGAAUAUGACAGCCACCUGCCCUGGCCUUUCCAAGGCACCAUUCGACUUUCUAUUUUGGAUCAGUCAGAAGGCCCAGAAAGGCAGAACCAUGAAGAGGUGAUGGAAACCAAGCCAGAGUUACUGGCCUUCCAGAGACCGACAAUUCACCGCAAUCCGAAAGGUUUUGGUUACGUGACUUUCAUGCACCUGGAGACCUUGAAACAGAGAACCUUCAUCAAGGAUGACACGCUCCUGGUGCGCUGCGAGGUGCUCACACGCCUGGACUUGAACAGUGUCCGCAGAGAAGGCUUCCAGGCCCGCAGUACUGAUGGAGCCAUGUAACCUGCAAGUCUUAACCAGAGCAAUGGAGCCUUGCUCAUGUUUUUCCACACGGAUCACAAAAGAGCUUCAUUGUGCACAAAGGCUGGGUUUGUAAAAGAUCAUAGUUGCCAACACAGUUGAUCUUCACCUGAAAGCAACUUUGUUGUUGCUGGUAUAUUUUUCUCUAUAUGAGGUCUUACGUUUAAAUAUCUGGUAUGGUUCUCUCUUAAAAUAAUAAGCUACUUCUGUAGCAAGCUAAAUAAAUGAAGUGUUAAUCAAAACUUAACUGCCUACAGGAAAAUCCUAUUGCAGAACCUGUGCAUCUCAGCUUGGUAAAACUUUAGUCGUAUCAAAUAGACCUGUAAGUCUUUUCACCUCAGUGCCUUGGAAUAGAUGCUGUUGCAAGGAAGGAAUGAAAUUAAUAAAGAUGAGGGAUUUUUUCUUUUUUUUAUUUUUCACAGAGCUUGGGAAAGUUGAGAGAGUUUCUAUAUUGACUUAUCCGGAAUUUUGCAUUGGCUAUGUGUCUCUUGAAGUUUGAAGUUAGGGUUAAGACUUUGUUCAUGUCACCAAGGGUUCAGGGAUGCUUUGACCCUUUCCUCCUUCAGGAAGUUGCAUGUUGAUGCAGAGUUGAUGUUGGUAUUUCCAAAAGAUAUGAGGUAGUGUUGUGGAGAAGGCUAAAUGACUCUGAGUUCACUGAAGAAAUAUUUGUAAUGUGGUCUGAAGGUGCCUCCCUAAUUCUCUUUAUUUUGAUCAAUCUUUCUAGAAGUGUGUGCUCUAGGCCCAGAAUGUCAACCACAAUCAUCAAGAGAUAUGAAAGUUUAGCAUUUGAAUGAAAUCCCUUUGUGCUGGGAUCUCCUAGUGCUGGACAUGUUUCAGGCUGUGAGUGCACACAUGAGCAAAGGGAUGUACUGAACAGAGAGGGUGAUGCAGAAUUUGUUUUACUGUUGUUAAAACCCAAAUUUGUACCAAAGCUGAACUUGUGACCUGCAUCUGUUCAAGUGAUCUCUUGGUGUUGUGGGUGAUGUACCCAAGUCAUCCCCUGUGAAUUCCCUGUGGGCAGCUGGCCAUAUCAGCAUCCACCUGCUGUGGUUAUUUCCUGUCCCUUUAGACAAUAGAACCUGGGCCAGCUCAGCAAUUUGGAUGGUAAGGAAAGCCUGUUAAUUCAGCAGUGUGAGGAAGAAUUGUAACCCUGUUUGCUUUUGGGAAUAUGUCUGGCUUUCGUAGUAACUCAUUUAUCAAACACUAGAUUCACUGUGUCAAAAAAGAUUCCUAAUGCUGUGCAUAUUGUUUUCUGUACUGAUUGUAUGCCAUGUAAAUGUUAGUUUUGACCAGUCAAAGCUGAAUAGUUCAAGUACACUGGUGCUAAAAUUUUAACUUUGAUGGUGCUGAUAAAGUCCUGAAUCUUGUCUUUGAAAGGAGGGAAGAAAAAACUUUUGUUCACCCCAUAACCUAAGUACAUGGCCAGAUACUGAAGAAAGAGCUAAAGAUGCAUGAGCUUAUGUGUAUUAUUUAUCCAAGCUAGUGAAACAACCUAAAGACUGGAGACACUGCAGCUCAAGAGAUACUGAAGAGUGUUCCAACUAUUUGACAUCAUCAAAGCAAUACCACUGGGGAAAGGGCACAUUGCCUAAUAUAAACAAGACUAAACAAAGACUACUAUACUUUAGUGGUUUGGGAGGAUACUCUGCCUGCCUGCAUGAGAGAUAAAAGUUCCAGGCCCGACUUUGUUCAUCAAAUCCAGAUGAGUAAAAUUUCUUCUGCUAGUAGGACCUAUUAGAUGGAGGAGGGAUUGUGUUCAAUGGAGUAUUGUCACUACUGAAAUGUGAACUGCCUGGGUAAUGGUAAAUGCACUUAGUUGUUGGUGACUUUAGUUGAUUCUCUGUCAUUAGUGGACAGGUGAGUAUAUGUUACUCAAAAUAGGGAAAGAUCUCAGGUUUAAAACCAAAUUAGAUUUUAUAAUGAAUAGCCUCAUCCUAUCAGCUGAAUUGUUCUGGAGUGUCUUCAGCUGGAGCAUUCCCAGUAAAGCCAUUCUUAACCAAGAGCUGUCAAUAUCCAUGGCAGUGCACAGAGCCACUCUGCACAGAAGGCACUGUACACAAGUUCUCCAUUUUCAGGCUGUGUUACCUAUCUGUAUUUUUCAAGAUGCUCAAAAACUGCCAUUCUCUUUUGUUUCCUUCUUGUUUUUUGGGGGGCAGGAGGGGAGGGAGGGGGAGGCAGUCAGAAAAAAC